AAUCCAUAGAAUUAUUGCUUGCAAAACUUCAAUCACAAGAAUUUUCCUUCUUUAAAGUCAAAGUGAUUUCUGGGGCUGGCCAGUAUCUCACUACAAUGCAAGAAUUUGGAAAAUUAAUUGGUGAACCAGAUGUAUUGGUAUGCAUUAGUGGUCUUAAGGACUUUGAAAGGUUUACUGGUAAUCAAAAUUUAAAGAUUUGCCUUCGACCUCCAUCUUUAUAUCUUCAAACAUCUAGAAUAUCUCUA